UUGCACCCGCCCCGGCCGGUCCCGUUAUAAAGGCGCCUCCGCGCUCCGCUCCGCAGCGCCUCCUGCAACUUCCAGCCCCAGCGCCACCUCUGUCCUCUGAACCCGCCGCCGCUCAGCUCGCCAUGGACCCCAACUGCUCCUGCGCCACCGGUGGCUCCUGCACCUGCGCCGGCUCCUGCAAAUGCAAAGAGUGCAAAUGCACCUCCUGCAAGAAGAGCUGCUGCGCCUGCUGCCCCGCGGGCUGUGCCAAGUGCGCGCAGGGCUGCGUCUGCAAAGGCGCCGCCGACAAGUGCAGCUGCUGCGCGUGAGGAUGCGUGAGGAUGCGUGAUGCUGAGAGAGAGCCCGCUCCCGGUUGUAAAUAGAGCCACGUGUACAAACCUGUUUGUUUGUUUUUUUGUACAACCCUGACCCGUUUGCUACAUUCCCGUUUUUAUUUCUAGAAAACACAUGAAAGAUAAUAAAAGUUUGUUGGCUUUA